AUGAAAGCCUUGCAAAUCACUAUGAUGACUUACACACUUGUGAUGGUGCAAAUGGACUAUACUGUUCAUACCUUGACUUUCGCAUCAAAGGAUGAAUUUGAGGUACGGAUUAAGAUUUUUUUUGCUUUUACAUUUGAUGUCUUUUAUUCUAAUUACUUACGUUCUUGCCAUAAGACUGCGAAAAAAUGGCUACAAGAGCAAUGCGAAAUAACGGUGAGCACGCUGUAUAAGUUUACCACUAAGGGGAAAACAUACAAAUUGAGGUGCAACCGAGCGGGAAAGUUUUCAAGUGAGGGCCGCAUACGGGCAUCAUCUAGUAGGAAGACGUCUCGCAUUGCUCCUGUUUCGUAA